AUGUUUCCUGGGCUUACACUUAAAUAUAAGUUGGGAUUGGGGAUUGUGUUAUCAUAUACUUCUUAUGAGGUGUAUAUGCAAAUUAGAACUCAGUAUAUAAUCCGUGCCCGUCAGCAAGAAUUUAGAAAACUAGAGAAUGGGUCCUCCGAUGUGGAUAUCUCCAAGUUCAAGUCUGCUGUUGUAGGCGGUAUGUUUGUUAACCCUUUUGAAGAAUAUAGACCACAAACUGCUUUUGAAUUUAUAGUAGUUAGAAUUAUGCAAUUGUUUGAAAGUUUAUAUGGUAACAAAAUCGAACUCCACACCAAAUUACCCAAUCCCCACGAUGGUGCUGUUGAAGUUGAAGAUAUAUUGAAAGUGUUCAAGCCAGAUAUAGAAAGAUUUAGAGCCAACUCUAAGUUAUUACAAAGUUGUAUUGAAGUUAACGAUUUUCUGAAGUUAUCGGUCAAACCUACUUGGUUUAAUUCCAUCCCCUUGCGUCAACAAUUGCUUUUCACUUGGUUAGGUCAAUCUUGUACGUUAUUUCAAAUACUGGGGGUAAAUUUCUUGACCGAUCCAAUUCUCAGUGAGCAUUUAAUAUCACCACAUGUUGGUCCGAAAAGAUUGACACGUUCUCCUUUGGAUUUUGAACAAAUUAAAUACGCCACCAAUGACAACAUAAAUUUUGUAUUGGUGUCACAUGAUCAUCCAGACCAUUUGGAGUUAGAUUUGGCAGGAAAGAUAAGAAAUUCGACCACCUGGAUUGUUCCGCUUGGUUUAAAGUCCAAAUUGGCCAGAAAAGGUGUUUACAAAGUUAUUGAAAUGGAUUGGUGGGACAAGGUUGAUAUCACUAACUACAUCAGUGAUAACUUGCCAGAUAAAUACGAGAUUGAAUGUGUUCCUUCUAUGCACUGGUCCGGGAGAUAUAUUAUCGAUUCGAACCAGUCGUUAUGGUGUUCAUAUAUAAUCAAGCGUAAUGGAGAGUCGAUUGUCUACCAUGCUGGGGAUACUGGAUAUCUGAAGGAAUUGUUUGAUGUUAUUGGAAAGAGAUGUGGUCCGAUCACAUUGGCUUUGUUGCCUAUUGGACAAUAUUGUCCAAGCUGGCACCAGAAACCAAGACAUAUCUCACCAGAAGAAUCCCUUGAAAUUUGUUCCCAAGUUCAAGCGUCUUUCAUGAAAGGUAUACACUGGGGUACUUUCAAAUUAAGUGGAGAACCAAUAUUGGAACCAAAGAACUUACUAGCUGAUCUUUCUGAAAAGAUAGACAAAGCUCAAAAAUAUAGAGCACCGGAAUUCGGGUUGACUUAUCUUUAUGAUUUAAAGACCAAUACCGAAACUGAGAUACAUGUUUAG